AUGGCGACCCGGCGUUCAUCUCGUCUGAGCGCUCAGGCAAACACCAUGAUGGCGCCCCCUCCUGUCGCACCAGUGGCCACCAAGAGCCGAAAGAGAAAAUCUACGGCAGAACCUACACUCACAGACCCGGUGCCGUCCUCGGAACCCGUGACACCCCCGAGAAAACGGGGCCCGAAAGUUGCUCCCGUCACCCCGAUCCCUCCGCCGAUCACGCCCACCCCGAGCGCCGUCGGCAUCAUCGCUGAACGGGUGAACCGCACCGCUAAGGCCAAGGUGAAGGCUGUCAACCGCCUUGCUGAUCCGAAGCUCACAAACGCACCCGUCAUCUCACCCGAGACCUCGCGAAUAAUCGCCUCUAAUCCUGCCGAGGACUCGUCCCCGUCCAAGGCACCUGCUGCAGCCUCCGCCACUGGAGGCGGGAAACACACUACAACGUCAAACAUUCUUGAGGAAGCAUGCCGGCAUCUUAUACAGGUCGAACCGCGUAUGAAACCUCUCAUCGAGAAGAAUCAUUGCCGCGUGUUCUCGCCCGAGGGCCUGGCCGAGAAGAUCGAUCCCUUUGAGAGCCUCUGCAGCGGUAUCAUCUCGCAGCAGGUGUCCGGCGCCGCCGCAAGGUCCAUCAAGAACAAGUUCGUUGCCCUCUUCGCGGAAGAGGGUUCCGAUGCCGAGUCCAAGGAGUUCCCCCACCCCUCGGAGGUGGCGGCCGCUUCCAUCGAGCACCUCCGCACCGCCGGCCUGUCGCAGCGCAAGGCCGAGUACGUCAAGGGCCUGGCCGAGAAGUUCGCGAGUGGCGAGUUGAGCGCGCAGAUGCUGGCGGAAUCUCCCUACGAGGAGGUGCGGGACAGGCUCAUCGCGGUGAGGGGUCUAGGGCUUUGGUCGGUCGAGAUGUUCGCCUGCUUCGGGCUCAAGAGGAUGGACGUGUUCUCGCUGGGCGACCUCGGCGUGCAGAGAGGCAUGGCGGCCUUUGCGGGACGGGAUGUGGCCAAGCUCAAGGCCAAGGGCGGCAAGUGGAAGUAUAUGUCGGAAAAGGAGAUGGCCGAGAUGGCGAGCCGCUUCGCGCCAUAUCGCAGCGUCUUCAUGUGGUAUAUGUGGAGGGUCGAGGAAACCGAUAUAAGCACGCUGGAGUAA